CAGAAUACGAUACAUCUCGAAAAGCAGCACUGAUAAUUCAUAUAGGCGUGAUAGGGCGGCGAAGGCCGAGGCAAUUACCCCAGACUUCGUCGGGAACACCUGCAGACUCCCCGCCUUAUUACUUACGGUGUCUCUCCUCUCUCCUUAUUUAAAACAUAAUUGUUUUGAUUUUACUGUUUCUUUUGUUUUUAUUAUUUUUCUCGAAUCUUGUUCUGAAUUUGAUAUCAUCUGACGGGACAUAAUACCAUUGGUACCCAAAUAUGUCUGCGUCCGCAAAGAGAAGACUCGCAGCACUUUCCGAGCAACUUGUGAAACCAAUUGGAGAUCAGGGAACCUUCGAAAAUAUUCCGAUUCUCAAGAAAAUUGCACCAGAUUCAACAGGUCCGAGAGUGAAAGGCAAAGUAGUCAUUGUGACAGGUCAUCAUUCUCGUUCCAGACCCUAUUCUAUAGUAUUGACAUAGUGCAGGAACCAAUAGUCCUUUGGGAAUCGGACGAGCAUCAGCACAUCAGUUUGCACAGAAUGGCGCAAGAGCUGUAUACAUAUGCGAUUACAACGAUUCAAAUCUCGAAACGCAUAAACGGGAACUUGCAUCAUUAUACCCAGAUGUCGAAGUACACACGCGGAAGUUUGAUGCGGCGGAUGAACAAUCUGUGAGGGAAGUUAUUGAUCAUGCGGUAAAGACAUAUGGGAGGUUGGAUAUCUUCUUUGCGAAUGCUGGCGUAGUAGGCACGAAUAAAAUAUUUACGGAUAUUUCUGCUGAUGAAGCUUUGUCUACUUUGCGGACAAAUGUCGUCAGGUAGAUGUCCAUUGAAUCCUAGGCAAAAUCGCGUACUAAUAUCAAAGAUAGUGUAGCUAUGGCAGCAAAAUAUUCAGCACCGGCCAUGAUGUUAACAUCAUCGGAUAAACAAUACCCAUCCGGCAGUAUAAUAGCCACAGCUUCAGUCGCCGGUCUCCGUUCCAACGCCGGUUCCAGCGACUACUCGGCUUCCAAAUCCGCCGUGAUCUCAUUAGCCCAAACAAUAUCUUAUCAGCUAGCAGGCACGGGAAUUCGCGUCAAUGCCAUCUGUCCUGGCGUUAUUGAAACAGGUAUGACAGCACCAAUGUAUGAAGCUGCAAGGGCUAGAGGCUCGGAAAAGAAAAUUGGUCAAUUGAAUCCACUAGGAAGAGGUGCGCACGCGGAUGAAGUUGCGAGGGUAGCGUUAUUCUUGGGGAGUGAGGAGAGUAGUUAUGUGAAUGGUCAGGCUUGGGCUGUCGAUGGCGGGCUUAGUGCUGGACAUCCUUUUGUUCCGGGAAAGCUGGGUUAAGACGAAGAUGGAUGUUUAGAUUGCUGGGUCUCGAAGAGGGUUUCCUUUAUUCAAUAGAUGUCAAUCCUGUGUGAUUUUCACACAACCUCCAAGUUGGGCGAAGAUCUAAUCAUAAUGCUAUUUUGCCUCGCACAUGAUGGUAACCUCCCCACAUUGUCACCCAGCCCCUUAUGCUUACCUUGUUAUAUAUGUGAU